AUUCUGCCAUGUUUUCUGAUAUAGGAAUCGCAUGGUUUUGUAUAAACUAUUGAAUCGAGCUUUUCUUUUACGUGAGCCACAGUUAGUAUUUUCUUUUGGAUUUAUAGUACGCGAUUUAUAUCAGCAAUUAAAUGAAGAAAAGGAAAAAUACCAAUUAGAGCACUCACAUGAUCGUCCAGUUAUGAAACUGUAUCGUGGACAAAUAAUGUCUUGCCAUGAAAUUGAAGUACUUAUCGAUUUCUUAAGCAGUUAUGCCCGAGAAUUGAACGACACAUAUAUCAUAAAUAAUAGCGUUUUGUCUACUACAGAAGAUCGCGAUGUGGCAAUGGUAUUUUUAAUACAUUCUUCGACGCCUGAUGAUCAAAUUCAAGGUGUUUUAUUUGAAACUGAGCUUGAUAUUCGAUUAAAAUCUCGUCCUUAUGCCGCUAUCACACAUUUAAGUCAUUACGACAAGAGAGAAGUCUUAAUCACACUCGGAUGCGUAUUCGUACUAGAUUAUUUAAAAUACAAUGAAAAUGAAAAAAUUUAG